AUAUGUAUUUAAAGUGGGUUUUGAUUUUGGCAUUUUGGUUGGUAAGCUUUUGCUGAACGCUAGACUUUAGAUGCCGUGUUGAAGCUUCUCUUAAAACUUUAAACCAGGGGCUGCGCGUUCUUUCUGUAGCUUCAGAGGUCAUUUUGGGUGUCAAUGAAAUAAAUGGGCUGCUCGCAUACUUCCUCGUACGUGGGAAUUGGUGAACUCUAGGAGUCAAGGACAGAGUUUUGUGCAAUCAGACUAAGAUCAGUAAAGCAAGGGCUCUCUUCAGCUUCUGAAUCUUAGGUGAGGAUCAUAACACUUAACAACGUUGGGAGCUAUGAAGUGCUUCUCAUUCUACAUUGGAGAAAAAAAGGAUGAACCGAAGAGCACAAAUACAACAUUUACUGAUGGUGAAAUGAAGAGAUCUGGAUCUGAGUUAGAUUCCCAGAAUAUCUCUGAUGCGAGCACAGAGUCCAUGAGGAGGAACCAAUAUCCUAGUUUCUCUCAGAGACCCAGCAACCUCAGAAUAUUCACAGUUUCUGAGCUGAAAUCUGCCACAAAGAACUUCAGCCGCUCUGUCAUGGUUGGAGAAGGUGGGUUUGGGUGUGUCUAUAAAGGGGUGAUUAAGAGUGCAGAAGAUCCAUCUCAAAAACUUGAAGUUGCAGUGAAACAGCUCAGUAAAAGAGGCUUGCAGGGGCAUAAGGAAUGGGUGACAGAAGUUAAUGUUCUUGGGGUGGUUGAGCAUCCAAACCUUGUCAAACUAGUGGGCUACUGUGCUGAGGAUGAUGAACGAGGAAUCCAGAGACUUCUAAUUUAUGAAUACAUGCCUAAUGGAAGUGUAGAGAACCAUUUAUCCAGUCGUUCAGAUCCUCUUCCAUGGCCCAUGAGAUUGAAAAUAGCUCAGGAUGCUGCUCGUGGCCUGGCAUAUUUACAUGAAGAAAUGGAUUUUCAGAUCAUUUUCAGGGAUUUUAAAUCUUCAAAUAUCCUUCUGGAUGAGCAGUGGAAUGCAAAGCUAUCAGACUUUGGAAUGGCUAGGUUGGGCCCAUCGGAAGGAUUAACCCACGUCUCAACAGCGGUUGUUGGAACCAUGGGAUAUGCAGCACCAGAGUAUAUCCAGACCGGACGUCUAACAGCUAAGAAUGACGUGUGGAGCUAUGGGGUCUUCCUUUAUGAACUCAUCACAGGUAGGCGUCCUCUAGAUCGAAACCGCCCUAAGAGUGAGCAGAAGCUCUUAGAAUGGGUGAAGCCAUACCUGUCCGACUUGAAGAAGUUCCGCCUAAUAAUAGACCCUAGGCUUGAAGCUAAAUACCCCCUCAAGUCAGUUCAAAAGCUUGCAAUUGUAGCCAACAGAUGCUUGGUCAGGCUCCCCAAGAAUCGUCCAAAGAUGAGUGAGGUAUUGGAAAUGGUAAAUCAAAUUAUAGAGGCACCACCAUCAGGCCUAAAGAAAAUUAGGGACGUAUCGUCAGGCCAAAAGAAAAUUAGGGAGGUAUCAUCAAACCAAAAGAAAAAUAUGGAGGCACCAACAGGAACAGCAAGUCCGCAACUGCCCCUGAAGAAUUUGGCACCGAUACAAACUUCCCGGGAUGUGGAAACAGUGAACAAGAGAAGAAAUGCGGAUUUAAGGAGAGGAGAAACUGGCUGGUUGUCUCGCGUGUGGACACCGAAACUUUUAAGGACAUGCUGAUUGUAAGUACAUUUUAGCAAACUGGUCAUAGAAGUUGUUGGGUUUAUCUGAAGCAUAAAUUAUGGUUUGACAUGGAAAACACAGAAAAACUUCUGCAUAAAUAACUUAAUUUGUAAAUACCACCCCCCUCACUUUCCAAUUCUUCUAUGCAAUAUGUAUAAAUCUGCUCAAAUUUUCAGUCUUCUGUGGAAAGUUUUAGAGACAUUAAACAAGAAUGUAACAGAUAAAGGACGGAUUUCUCUCCACUUCAAAGUUGUGAGUCCUGUUUACAAGAAGCUUCAGAGCAGAUUCUAAUUGUAGUGGCCUCAGGCAUGGAGGGACAACUUAGUUUUUUUGGUACCUGGAGAAGCCUAUAUAUGAGAUAUUGAGUUUUAUUAGUAAAUCGUUGUAAUCAGUACUGUCAACUGUGUUGUUAAACCUCUUUUCUCAAACUUUGCAUUCUUUAAUUUUUAGAGUGCGCUUAAGCUGUGGAAGCUUUUACA